GAUGGGGAAAUGAAAAUGGCGUCGCGUGCACGGUGCCGAUGAUCCCUCGUUUCGCCGCGUUCGCGUUCGGAUGUAGUAGUUGCGUGAUAACGUCAACAACAAACGCUGCUGAUCGCGCUCGGCGUGUGUCCAGUGCAACGCGAGGAUCGUGAUCCUGUGAGUAUAAAACUAGGAGGCUCGCUCUGGGCUCGUCGCGCCGCACGUACGGUCGAGCAGCGGUGGCGGCGGCAACGACGACGACGACUACGACGACAACGAUAACUGCCGCCGCAGUGACGGUGAUUGGAUCGUGCGGACGGUGUCAGCGGUACCGGUGACCGGACUCGCCCCUACAAUUCUCGCGUUCUUUCCCGCUGCCCGCGUGACCCCAACUCGUCCCUGCUGGCAUGACGAAGGACGCGAGACUCCCCGUUCCCGCGGCGAGAUAAUGUGUGUUGACGUGCGCGAGUGAACUACCUCUCCGCGUAUCGUCCUUGUGCUGUUUACCGCGGGUGGAUCGUCUUUCGGAGGCGGCGGCGACGACGACGACGACGACGAGAACGACGUGUGCGGCCACGACGACGACGACGGUGGUAGUGGUGGCGGCGGCGGUGGCGGCGGCGGCUGCGACGACGACGACGACGACGACGACGACGGCGACGUGCGACGUCUAGCAUCUCGCCCAACGAUGGCGAUGAAUCCUCGUGAUAUGGACGGCUUCAUGCCGCUCCUGUCGACGACGGACAUCAAGAAAAAACUCAACGUCGGUAGCGCGCUCCUCAACUACCUCGGUGACUCGAGCAAGAGCAUCGAGUGUCAGGACAUCGGCAUGUUCAUCGACAACAUCAUACCGUGGCUCGGCAAUGGCAAUCCCAAGGUUGUCCAGAAUGGUUUGGAGAUCCUCACGUAUCUCGCGGAUCGAAUGGGUCACGACUUCAAACCUUACAUCUCCACUAUUAUCCAGCCAACGAUAGACAGGCUAGGUGACAGUAAGGAUGCUACCAGGGAGAAGGCGCAACUGGUGCUUCUGAAAAUUAUGGAGAAAGGAUGCAUGUCGCCGCAGAAUCUUCUGGACAGACUUCGUCCAACCUUCAAUCACAAGAAUGCAAAAUUACGAGAGGAGGUUUUAAUCCUGUUGACGACGACGCUGAACGAGCAUGGAGCAGACGAGAUGGCACUGUCGGGAGUGAUCCCGAGCAUCGUGAAGCUGCUGUCCGAUCCCUCGGAAAAGGUUCGGGAAACCGCUCUGAACACGCUGGCGGACAUCUAUCGACACGUUGGCGAGAGAUUACGCGUCGAUCUGCAAAGAAAGCACAAUGUGCCGCAAGCCAAAAUGCUCCUGCUAAUAGAGAAGUUCGAUCAGCUGAAGGCCGCCGGUGAUCUCUUACCCUUGGCAAUGUCGUCCGACGUUGGCAAAGACAGCGACGAACUCGAUAGAGCGAUCAAGUCGGCUCCCGUUAAGAGGCUGAACAUGCCUCCUCCUCCAAAAAGAGGUCAAUUUGGACCUGCUAGAACACCAUCCUCUGCCUUAGCUCCUUCUGGUACAUCAUCCUACACGGUCCCAAGGGCAACGACCGUCAAAAGAGCUCUGUCCGUAAGAUCGGCAUCAUCAGCGCAAGCCGGAGCUAUUGACGAGGAAUGCUUUAUUGCUGCAUUCGAGGACGUGCCUCCCGUCAAUAUAUUCUCGGCGAAAGACCUCGAGGAACAUAUGAAGAUUAUCAAGGAUACCGUGGGUGACGAUAAAAAGGACUGGAAACAGAGAAUAGAUAGCUUGAAAAAGUUAAGAGCCAUUAUAGUCGCAGGUGGCACUAAUUACGAAAAUUUCCACGAGUGCCUAAAGAACAUACAGCGACCAUUCGAGGCGGCCUGCACCGACCUUAGAUCCCAAGUAGUGCGAGAGGCGUGUAUAACUCUCGCUUAUCUGAGUUUGAGCCUGAAGAGCAAAUUCGCCAGUUUUGGCGAAACGAUUUUGCUCACGUUAAUGAACCUCAUACAGAACAGUGCCAAGGUCGUGGCGUCAGCUGGUGGGGUGGCAGUUCGGUUUAUCCUUCAAAACACCCAUUGCAGUCGAUAUGUGCCUAUUAUUAUAUCGUGCGUGAGCAACAAGAGCAAAGAUAUUCGCAAGGUGUCCUGUGAAUAUCUGGCUCUAAUUCUGCAGACCUGGCCUACGCAGAUAUUACAGAAGCACGUAACAAUAUUGUCGGACGCGCUCAAGAAGGGCAUCGCGGAUUCCGAUGCGGAAGCGCGAGCCUUCGCCAGGAAAUCAUACUGGGCAUUUAAAAAUCACUUUCCAGAGCAGGCUGAGAUAUUACUUAAUACUUUGGAUGCAUCGUACAAACGCUCCCUGAUGUCUCUCAGCAAUAGCGGCAGUAGUAAUAGCUUAAAUGUCGUGGCUAAUGCGAGAUCGUCGAGCGUUAGUCCACGUACAGCAAGACCCGUGAUGAGCGCGGCAGGUAGUACGGAAAAUUUGCAUCAGACCACGGGUCAACCGCACGGUGCGCUCAGACGUACUCCGUCCUUGCCUCGGUCUUAUCGUCAAUCUGGUAUCCCGAUACUACAAAGACCAACAGACAGUCACUACCGAGGUACACCAGGGGUUAGAUCUACUAGUGCGAUUGAUUUGCAAGCUGCUCAGAGAGCGAAAGCGAGGUUGAUGUACGCGAAUAUGAGCAGACAGAAAGCAGCAGCACUUCCUCGUCCUAGUAAAUCUCCAGAUCCCAUUGCGAUUGCUAGCCCCGAAAGAAUUGCAAGGACGAGAACAAGAGUGUCGGGAGUUUCACAAUCUCAACCUAGCAGUAGAUCGGGUUCCCCGUCGUCUAGAUUAAGUUACGCCACAUAUAAUCGCGAAGGCGAUUCACUGAUCGGCAGACCGAGGCGAUUAUCCGGACACACCAUUGGCAGCACGAGCAAUAGUCGCGAACCCAGUCCGCAAAGAUUCGGAAUGGACAGGAGUUACGCGAGCAAACUGAGAGGGAGGAACCUACACAUGUCGCCAACGGACAGCAGCAGGCCGCCAGUGAUGGCGCAAAAGAUGUUGCAGAAGUCGCGCGAAGCGGAGUCCGCUUUGGCGGAUGCUUUAACUUUCGAUAGUAUCGACAAUUACACUAGAAUACCUGGCAACAAAGGGGAUCACAGUGACGACAGCGAGAAUAGCAGUAUAUGCUCGGAAAGAAGCAUAGACGGUUUUAGACGAGCCAGUGAUUCGUUCUCAUGGAGUGGCUCUCAACCGAGACUAUACCGUGAUCUAUGGGAUCAGUCUAUCCCAAAGGACAUUAAAGAGAUUAUUGAAAAUUGUGGUCACAAACAUUGGGGAGACAGAAAAGAAGGCUUAGUGGGUUUGCAACAUUAUUUGAGCAGCGGAAAUACUUUGACAACAACAGAUUUACGUAGAGUGACAGAUAUUUUUACAAAAAUGUUUAUGGAUUCCCACACUAAGGUGUUCAGUUUAUUCUUGGACACGUUAAACGAACUAAUAAUUACUCACAACGAAGGUCUUGGCGACUGGUUAUAUGUUUUGUGCGCGAGACUUCUUAAUAAAUUGGGCACUGAUUUAUUGGGAUCAAUACAAACAAAAAUUCACAAAACGCUUGACGUUGUGAGAGACUGUUUCCCGGGCCAACAGCUCCUACCAGCUGUGAUGAGGUAUCUGACAGAUCCAACACAAACACCAAAUUCUCGCGUGAAAGUAGCAGCAUUGACUUUUAUCACUCAGAUCGCUGAAACGGCAGAACCGUCCGCGCUGGGCAGUUCUGCAGCGACAGCACUUGCACGAUUACUCGACUGGUCGAAUGACGGUAAAAGCCACGACGUGAGGAGACACGCGCAGAACGCUGUGAUAUCACUUUACAAUCUUAAUCCGCCUCAAGUUACUAUGAUACUCUCGGAGUUACCGAAAUACUAUCAAGAAACAGCCUGGCCUCUGGUACAGAACCACCUGAGGAAAUCGUCCGCAUCUAGUAAUCCGGCGUCACCCGGUACACCACCUCCUAGAGCACAAAAUUCGCCAGCUCGAACGAAAGCGAAAAAUGACAUUAAAGCGGAUGCGAAGACUGAAAUUGAUGGAGGUGAUGAGAACUUGGAGGAAGUAUACAAUUUUUCCCACAGAUCUUUGCGACGCACGACUGCUGAAAUUCAAAAUUAUGGCUUUGAACGUUUGGAGAGAGCUACCACCAGUAAAGACAGUGGUAUCAGCAAUAUGGCAGAUGUAGAAGAGAGAAUGGAAGGUCUUACGUUAUCCAAUUCUGGUCGAUCUUCAUCCGUUUCUUCACCAACGCAACGAGGACGAUCUGUCAGUAAUAUAACUGUUAACGGAUCCGAUACGAUUGCCGGUGACUUGAUUCUACCUCAAGAAAAUAAUGGUUAUAAGACGCAUGGAUCAUCACCAGAUUCGAUAAACAGACCAGAAAUCGUAGAUAAUAUGGUUAAAACUCUGCAAUCAAAAGUGACGCAAACCUCGGAGAAAGUAUCAUCGUUGCAAGAAUUUCAACUAUAUGUCCGCGAAGGCGAUUCGUCAUAUAUUAAACGAAAUUUCAAGAAAGUGCUCAAAGUUUUGUUAGAUAGCUUAUCCAAUGACGGUAAAGUGAUACAGGUGGAAGUGCUGCAAACGCUGAUCGAUAUGCUUAAAUGUUCUGAGUUGAUAGAAAGCUUUUCCUCGUAUAAUGAGUUACUGGUAUUGAAAGUUAUCUAUGCCUACAAAUCGGACGAUCAAAAAGUUGAUACUUCCAGUGGGAGUGGCGGCAGAUCUCCAGUUCAUUGGAAUGCGGAGAAGUGCGCGGCAACAAUGGCCAUGGUCUUAAAGCCAGAACAAAUUAUUCACUUAGUCUCUACUAUAAUCGCUACGGAGACGUAUCCGUUGAACAUGGGCGCGAUAAAAAUGUUGCACAAAGUGGUAGAGCAUUGGGGUCGGGAAGCUAUUGAACCUCAUCUUGCCAAAGUUAUGCCUGGUCUUAUCAAGGCUUACGAUGACGCCGAGAGCGCCGUUCGCAAGAGCGCGGUCUUCUGCAUGGUGGCGAUUCACGUCGCGGUCGGCGAGGAGGUGCUGAAGCCGCACUUGAGUUCCCUGUACUCCAGCAAGCUCAAGUUGCUAAACAUCUAUAUACAACGCGCGCAACAAGCAAACAGCCAACCCGCGAGUCCACGCAAUAACAAAAAUUAACAUAAAGAACUAACCAACACCACGACUCUCAGGGUCGCAAUACUUAAAAGAUUCGCCCGCUUUGGCGCGCGGCAUGAGCGAAUGCUUGUUAGCUUCCUUAGUAAGUCCGAUCCGUCAUGACGGUCGACGAAUACAGUUUUAACAGUAUGACUCGAAAGUUUUCAUACGAAACUGAUGGAGACUGAUGUGUGUAUGUGUGUGUGCGUCACUUCGUGACGGCGUGCAUGCGAAUCGAUGUUCGCAAACGACGGUGAUAAGUGCGAAAUUAGUGCAACGAUAAUCGUUCCGAUGUUACGUUUAUCGAAUUAUUUGUUUAUAGAAGAAUAAGGACGACUUAUGCAUAUUGGUUAAAUCGUAUUAAGCUUGUAAAGAGAAUUCAUAACGGUUCACGCAUUUUUUUCGACUUUGAAUAUAAAAUAGCUGCAUUGUUAUACUAUUAAUAGUACAAGUACGCGUUUAAGUGAGCAUCACUUUGAUUGGCAGAUACGUAUUUUGAAGUUUCAUUCUAUGUGCUCGCGAAAUUUAGUCUAUGAAAAAAUCAAAAUAAUAUAUUUAUUUGCUAAGUGAUUCUUGGUGGUUUCUCGAUUUUUUCAAUUUUGUCUAAUCGUCUUUUAUUUUCUUAUCGCGACACUGUAUAUAUGAUAAUGGUCUGUGCGAACUAUGCCGAGUUUUAUGAUGAGAAGCUACAGUAUUUUCAGAAAGUAUACUAUUUUCGAUGAUACGUGCAUGGCUGAUUUUUUAUCAUAUUCUUUUUACUUUUAUUUUUGCAAAAAGAGCAGUGGAAUUGAAAAACAUUUUUAGUUCGAGAAUUUAAAUCUUCCAUCGUUCAUAAUUUAACGAGACAGAUGAUAAACUAAGAUAACGUGGUGCAACAUCACUGUCUAGGAUGAUAAGCUAAAAGUCUCGUAGUGCGCAGUCAAACACUAAUCACACUAAUUAAUCAGCGGACUUUAAAUAUACAUAUGUCAUAUGCUUGUUUACAUUUAGUACUGAAUCUACGUUUAGCGUCGAGCGUAAUCGCAUGUCCGACGAUACGUCGCGAUGCACCUCACAGCAACGACACGUGAUAAGAAAAAGUGGAAAGUGUAAAAUAAUUUAUUCGUUUGAAAUCUACGUGCUAGUCAGAUUCCCAAGGACGCACAAUGACGUAAAAGACACAAACGGAAUAGUCGAGUCUUUUUUUGACGAACCAUGCAUAGACACACAAAUACUACAUAUAUAAGAAAGAAUAUAUGUGAGAGAGCGAGAGAGAAAGAAAAAGCACAAUGUGAGAGAAUGAGAUUUGCGUGGCUGAGAAAUUAGCGCGUGUUUAAGAAGCAAGCAUAAAUAAAGUAGCAGCGAUUAGUAAAUUGAUCUGCUGGAGACUAAUGUUAACACUUAAACUAUUCAUCACGUUGCCAAUAAUUGAAUGAACGCUAAAUCAAACGCUAACGUAACGAGUUUAGUAACACUUUGUGCCAUUGUCGUUUCUGUUUACUGUAUAAGGAAAAAAUUAUAUAUUAUAUAUUCUACAUCGUAGAUCAUCCCUUUUGUCCUUUUCUUACUACAUACAUUUAGUCGAAAUAUAUAAGAAUAAUAAAUCUAAUUUUAUUAUGGAUUUGUGGAUCAUUGAAGGAUUACGAGAUAUAUCGGAAAAAAAAACAAUUUUUUUGAAACGUUCGACGUGAAUAUUAAUAUAAUACCGAAUGUAAACGUGACUUACAAUAGAAUGUCUGAUAAUACCUCGAUAAUUCAGCGUGAUGACGCGAUAAUUUACGUCUCGGACACAAUAAGGCCAAAUAGUGCCAAAGAAAAAUGCAAAAUAUCGAAUGAAUAGAGUUUGAGGAGUAAUUUGAAAGGGAAAACACGAGACAGACUGUAUUUCUUUUACUUGGUGCCUUUGGCGUCGACGCGACGGGAUUUGAUUGAAGACGGUCUUUCAGCAUCACACCUAGAAACAAUUUCGCGGAUAGCACGGUCGAGAUUAUAGAGGAGGAAGAUACGCGAGGUCUUUGACUGUUGCCGACGUCGUAUAAAUGAACAUUACUGCGCGAAAUAAAGAAAAAAAAGAAGAAAAAAAUCUUAUUGAUUAUUCUCAUAGCAUAGAGAAAUUCUAUAUGGACUCGAUAUUUUUCCCAUUCUACGCUCCGAAUAGAAUCUCGAAAAAAGUACAUUUCACGGAUAGAUAUUUAUUCCACACGCGUGCAUUAUUCUACGCUUGUGCGAUAAUUUACUCGAAAUGCUGAAUUGUCAAAUUAUUGUCGAGAUAAAUAAUAAUGGUUUCCGAUCUCGCGGGAGAGAUGAGACGGAUCCUCGUUGCGCAUUUAAAUACUCGAUAUUCCGCGCGGCGUUCUGAUUGAAGGAUUUAUAAUCGCGCCUUUAAAUCCGCUGAAAGUCCAAAUGCGCCGUUAAGUAAUGUGGGCCCAAAAAAAAGAAUGGAGUAUACCAAAUUUGAAGGACUCGCCGCAAGAAUCGGACAAAUUUAUUAAUUCGCAAGAUCCAUUUUAAAUGUUUAAACAUUUCAAAUAUGCAUUCUGCGAGUCUUGUCUUCUUGCGUGCUUCGAUAUUCAAACAACUUUGGCGACCCAUUUGACUUCACGCCGAUUUAGGGCAUGGCCUGUGUGACAUGUACCGGUUGUGUAUAUAUAUAUAUACAUAUACGAUAUAAUACGUAGAGCGUGUAAUUAUAUUAUGCGUAAUAUAUAUAUAUAUAUAAUAAUAAUAAUAAUAAUAAUAAUAAUAAUAAUAAUGAUACGGAUUAGGUAGCUCGUCGUCACUGCCUGCAGCGUUGGUCGUGCUGAGGAUUACGAGGCUCUCUGACACAGCCAGGCUCUACGUGGUGAUCGUGUUUAUCAAUUCGCUUGUUCUGUUAAGUUUUACAAGCGUUAUUAUUAUUAAAAUUAUACCGAUAUUUGACUUGCGUUGUAACUGUAAUUUGAUGCGUGUGUGAUAUAUAAGGGGAUUUUGGCGAUGAGCGUUACGAACGAUCCUCGGGCGACGGCUUCUCUCUCCUUGCUCUUUUUCCUCGUGCGUGCGCGAGCCCGGAUCGUUCGGUCGCCUACGGAGAAGCAGUAGGAUGUAAGCCUUCAUCUACGUUAUCAUUUUAAUGUUUGUUAACAUCCGCUGUUAAUUGUUUCGCGCGCAUAAAUUUUGUCGUUGAGCGUUUUCUGUCAUGCCGCUGCCCACGUACGCACUGCUACCAUGUUUCUUCUUUUUUUUUUUAUUUGCAGCUGGCAAUUACAAUCGUAGUUUUAUCCGAGGGUUCAACUCCUCGGAAGAAAAUCCCACGUGCGUGAUCUACCGAUAUUAGCGCGAUUCGUGCGAUCCGCUAUGAUGCGUACGCUUGUUUCUGAAAUUCGAAAAGUCAUUACGAAUAUACUUGAGAUUCUUCGACAGCGUGGGGCGGAGAAAGCUCGACUUGAAGAACUCGAUUCCCCGAGAAAGUACGAGUGAAUGGCACCGUGAUUAUUUAUGAAUGAAGCAAAGAAUGUAUUGUGCUAAUUAUUGCGUCUUCAUUGCCAUUUUACACAGCUCGUCCGUUCGCGCUCGGUCUGUCCGGCUCGACGCAGAGACGAGAGGCUGGGAGGAGGAUAAAGAUAAUAAAGAGUAAAAACGCGAGGAGAAGCUCUAUCGAGAUUUUUUUCACGUCGAUAAAUCUGAACAAUAAGCCACUAGCGCGCGACGACAUUACACUGUAUUGUUAUUGUAAUUGCCAAUUUGACGCAAUAAAGCAUUGCUA